UACAACUCACGGCUCGGCCGCAUGGUUUGUGUAGAUUCGGAUAACACAGGCAAACCAUAAAUUUUGAUCGACCACACACAAAAUCUAAACCAAGGCACAUUCACAGAAUUCCUUGAUAACGGAGCAGGUUUUUACCUCAAAAUGUCACCAUCAGAAAAAGAGAAGUCGCUGCAGACUGAAAGCAACGAUAUGGACAACCGUUUUGUCGACGACGGGACAACCAACAACGGCACGACCAAAGCUGCACUGGCGAACCACGUUGCAUUAGUCAACGAUGACAGCCCACACAAGACUAAGGUGGAUUCUUCCAACAUGGACGAGAACCAGGAACGUGGCAACUGGUCCAACCAUCUCGACUUCAUGCUCUCCUGUGUCAGUUAUGCGGUUGGUCUCGGCAACGUCUGGAGAUUUCCGUACCUUUGCUUUAGCAAUGGAGGAGGAGCGUUUCUCAUUCCUUACAUCAUCAUGCUGGUAUUCGCCGGUAUGCCGCUGUUUUUCCUGGAGUUGAGUUUUGGGCAGUAUGGCAGCAGUGGACCUAUCAGCUGCUGGCGUUCGGUGCCGCUCUUCCGAGGUGUGGGCUACGGUAUGGUCAUCGUAUCAGCUCUGGUGGCAGUCUACUACAACGUCAUCAUCUGCUACACCAUCUUCUACAUCAUUAAGUCCAUGACGACGGGACUGCUCCCGUGGGUCGGCUGUAACCACGACUGGAACUCCCCGUUCUGCAGCACGUUGGUCCAGGACUGUCUGGACAGCGACGGCAUCGUGACCCAGGAGAACGAGUGCAUCCCAAUCGUCAACAUGACCAGCGCCGAGAUGAUGCAGUACAACAUCACGGCUGACGGCAAUAUUACAAACUACAAGGACCCUCUGAUGCAUCUUAGAGUCAGACCCAGUGAGGAAUACUACAGGCAAGGGGUCUUGCAUGACUCUGGAGACAUCUUCAGCUCUGGAUACGUGAUCUGGCAGUUGGCUCUUUGUCUUCUCCUGGCCUGGUUACUGGUGUUCAUCUGCUUGGCAAAGGGUGUCAAGUCAUCUGGCAAGGUUGUAUAUUUUACGGCCAUUUUCCCAUACGUCGUCCUCUUCAUUCUGUUGAUUCGUGGCGUUACUCUAGACGGUUACAUGGAUGGUGUCAAAUUCUUUAUCACUCCACAGUGGGAACUACUCAAACACCCCAAGGUAUGGAAAGACGCAGCAGUCCAGAUUUUCUACUCACUUAGUGCAUCUUGGGGAGGUCUCAUCACUUUAUCAUCUUACAACAAGUUCCACAACAAUUGCUUCAGGGAUGCAAUGAUUGUUCCCGUCAUCAACUGCGCAACGAGUAUCUUCGCCGGCUUUGUCAUCUUUUCAAUCAUGGGCAACAUGGCCUACGAGCUCAAAGUUCCCGUUAGCGAAGUCGUCGACGAAGAAUUCGGCCUGGCCUUCAUCGCAUACCCAGAGGCUGUUGCACGCCUACCAAUUUCCCCGCUCUGGUCCUUGUUGUUCUUUUUUAUGCUCCUCACUCUGGGGCUUGGAAGUCAGUUGUGCAUCGUUGAGACAGUCGUUACAUCAAUCGUCGAUGAGUUCCCCCGAUAUUUAAGAUCAAGAAAAGUUUGGGUUCUAGGAGUGUACGCAACACUGGGUUUCUUGCUAGGAUUGAACUGUGUAACACAAGCUGGUAAUUAUUGGGUUAUCUUAAUGGACAAGUAUGCUGCUGACUUUGCUUUGUUGAUCUUCGGUCUGUGUGAGUGCAUCGGAAUGGGCUGGUUUUAUGGAGUCAGGAGAUUCUUCAAUGACAUCCGCACCAUGAUCUCGGACAGACUCGUCGACAACGUUUUCUUCAAGUGGUGGGGGGUUCUGUGGUGUGCCCUCACCCCUGCCAUCCUAUCGUUUGUAUUGCUUUUCAACUGGAUUGACUGGGAGGUGCCAAUGGCCGGUGAAAAUAAACCAUUCCCCCCUGGUGCUCACGUCAUUGGCUGGAUCAUGAUCAUGUCGAGUAUAUCCGCCAUCCCAGCCUGUAUGAUCUAUGAACUUAUCAAAGCAGACGGAAGCCUAAGAGAUCGCUUCAGGCAAGCCACCACAUCACAUCCCUCAUGGGGCCCUGCGUUGAAAACCCACCGCCUGGAGGCGAUGAACGUGCAUAAAUCACAUGGAACGGAAAUGGGUGGAGUCUUGGAACCAGACUCGGAUAAAUAUGCCGAUAACGACGUGAAAUACUCCCCUGCUAACGCUGACGAGUCUAUGGUCUAACCGCUUUAUAAAAUAUAAAAAAAGCUAUUGUGGAGGACCUUCUCGGAGAAAACAAAUAUGAAGGAGUCUCCGUCGAGAACAAUGGCGUCCUUGAUUUCUGACUGAGAAAUAUGAGUGAGUCAGGGUCAGGAGCCAGAAACAAAUUGAACAACCCCUGAACAAUACUGCCAUUUUUUGUCAAGGAUACUUUUGUGGCACCAUUCUGAGCGAUAUUUCACUCAACCUCCAUUUGAGUAGGCGUAUGCUGGUGUCUCCUGUUUUAGAUCUGAUGCUGAAGAUUUACCUCUGGGAAGGUGCCUGAGGAAUUCGGCGAAACUACACUUUGCUGCUCAAAGAAAAACUUGGGAACAAGAUCAGUUCUGCCCAAUCACUGUAGUUACAGUUUGAUCCGGUUUCAUCAGGGUUAGCUCAAUGGUAAUCAAAACCUAGUAUAUCUUCCAAAACAGGUUAACGUCAUUUUUCUUUUUUUUUUUUAGAGAUUUAUCUUUGGAAUACUGUUAUUAAAUUUGUGUGUGUUGCUGUUAAAGGCAUUGUUGGGGAUUAUUAAAAACAAAAUAUUUAUGUGAUGGUAGAGGAUGAAGGAUGUGCACACCAUUGGUUUGCUAAGGAGCUAUCACCCAAUAACGGACGUACUCUGAUGUUUUAAAACUUUGGGUUUUUAGAAAAUGUAUAUUAGUAAACUUUAGUCACUACGUUUCAAACAAUAUACCCUGCCUGAGAGAGCUUAGGGUUUUAGUCCUGCUGCAAGUAAGAUUGUUAUUAUCAGUUGGGUUUUUUUGUUGAAAAAAAAAAAUGAAUCCGGUAUUUGAUUUCAACCAGAAAAACAAUGUUUGGAGAUUGCUAGGCAAGUAAAAAAAGAAGAAGCUGCAUUUCAAUGUAUUUUACAGGCAAGCAAGGUUCCUACAUACCUCACAAUACUAUAUUAUAGCUUGCUGGAAGUUGAGACUGUUAGCACAGAAUCCUGUGGUAAGCAGAGACAUGAUAUUGACCCCUGAAAAUUGAAGUAAAUACAUUACGUAAGAAUAAGUCUGGGUGUGUGUCUCCUUCAUGAACUUCGCAACAAUGUCUUUAACUGCAGUUACAGGCCCUUUUCGAAACCACGGCUUUGACUUUUGAUUUAGCUCAGGCUAGCUUGGCCCUGCGGUUGUUUUGAGGGCUUCAGACGAGAGGACAGAGCCUGAAGCCGAAUCCAGAAGACGAAGCCAUUAUUUUGAAAAGAGCCAUAACACACAGUGUGUAGUUUUGUUAUGAUUGUUUUCCUCUUGGAUUAUGUGCUGAACCAACCAACUGGAAUUGAUCUCGGUAGUAAUGAAGGAACAAGAUCAUUGAGCCAGUUAAAUUAGAAAACGGGUAGAAGUUAGGACAGAGCUUCUAAAAACCAAUGUGGUAUAUACGAAAUAUGUUAAUAUUUUUGUGCGUAGUCGAAUACGAUACUCAUGUAAAUUUUAUUUUAGCUUUUAGUUUUUUUGUUUGUUUUAUUUUGCUUUUAUGAUUUACUUUGAAGAACACUUCUUGAAUCUGGAUUUUUUUUUUUUUCGGGCAAGGUGAGCCCAAUGAAAUAUUAAUAUCUUAUGUAAAUAGACGUCAGGGUUAUGUUAUGGUACAAAUUUAUCUUAAAUAUUUCCCUUUAAAGCUGGUGGCAUUACUGUAAAAUACAAAAUACCUCACCUUUUUGGGAAUGCCAAAAAAAUGAAUAAAACAAUGUUGGUCAUUUUGGCCUAAACAUUCAGUAAAAAAAAAA